UUAUAUUUUAUUGAUGACAAGGCAAAAAGAAAGUAUAAAAAUAAAGCCAUUCUAUCAGAAGGCAGCUCAGUCAGCUCAGUCUCAACCUGAUAGUUGGAAGGCAGUUAUUUGCCCUAACUGAAAAAAAUAAUCUUUUAUUUACAAAGGAAACUUUAGUCGGCAGGUUUGCCCUAAAGCUCUUCCAAAAAAAUAAUAGCACCUAUACAUUGACGAUCCUGCAUCACCUUUACAUGGCGAUCCUGCGUAUGAUCCUAAACGCUAAAUAAAUUAUUAGUAAAAUUGGCUGUCUCGGAAGGAAAGAAAUACAAAUUAGAAAAGAGUGAAAACUUCGACGAAUACAUGAAGGAAUUGUGUGUCGGUAUGAUUCUACGCAAAAUGGGUAACAGUGUCAGCCCCACCGUUGAACUGAAGAAGGAUGGUGAUAAUUACUCUUUCACCACUACCUCAACCUUCAAGACAACUACGAUCAACUUCAAGCUGGGCGAGGAAUUCGAUGAAGAGACACUUGAUGGUCGCAAAUUGAAGAGCGUCUUCACUCUGGAUGGCAACAAAUUGGUGCAAGAACAGAAGGGUGACAAACCAUCGACCAUUAUUCGUGAAUUCACUGACUCCGAGCUAGUGACUCCUCUCACCCUCAACGACGUGAAGUCCGUCAGAGUCUACAAGGCUGUAUAAAUGCGCAGUGCGCUACAUGCGAAGUUCAAAACAACAGUAACAAAAAGCUAAAGUAAUUUAAAAUAAAAAUGCCACUUCUUGCGAUAAACUAAUGAUUGAAAAACUAACUAUCAUACAGCAUACAUUGUACUUUAUAUAACUACAUAUAUAUUA